UUCCCACGAGUGUAAAGGCUUUCAGAAGACCUGGAUGGAGCUGCUGCUCGAUUCAAUUCAUUGGAUUUUAAAACAAAACAAAAUUAUCUGACUUGAACCUGAAGUUCUUGAAACGGAAAUUCUCCAUCUGACCAUUUUGUAGUACUUUCUUUGUUUGUUUUGUUUGUUGUUGUUUGGACGCGCAAUCAGAUUUUGGACCCGAACGCUCCACGAAACGACUUUUACGCAUCAGGCAAACACAGGGGGCGCCGCUUUGACUGCUUUUCUUUGGCUUCUUCUUCCUAUUCUUCCUUUGCAUUGUAACAUCUUUAUUACAAUGCGAGCUUUUACGCAUCUAAAUAAUCCGAACGAGGAGGAGAAAAAUGAUUUCCCUUAAUUAGCGUGUUUCUCCGCCCUCAUCAUAACUCUGCGCGCGUACUGCGCUCUCCACCAGGCGUAAAGGAAGAAAAAAAAAGUGUUCCGCGCACAAAUCGACGCUUCUCGUCGCUCAAGUCCUAAUUCAUCUGGAAACUGUCGAAAUGACGCCUCUCGGUCUGCCUUAAAGGAGCUGGGAUGCUGCUGCGGGCUGCUGCUGUUUCCAAAAGGCUGCAUGGGAGCGAGCUGUCAUCUUAGUUCUCCCCGGUGCGGCGUCGUCUCGCUGGAAGUCGUGGGCUUCAGUGUGGAAGAUGGCUUUGGACUUUCCCCCAGGAUACAAAGCGUAGUCCCUCUGCAUGCCUGAUUGCACCGUGACAGCGGAAACUCGUCUUACAGUAAGGUAAAGGAUGACUGCGGCAGCAGGUGUACUGACAGGCUUGGCCAAGCUCAAGCGCCAGGACUCGGCCCGCUCCCAGCAUCGGCCCGUUCCACCCGCGUCACAAGGCCUGGCUCACCCCGGCUCCGAGGGCGCGCCCAGAAAGCGGAAGCGACGCACAGACGUUGUGGUGGUCCGAGGAAGGCUUCGACUCUACUCGGCUUCUGGCUUUUUUCUCUUCCUGGGACUAAUCAUCUUGGCAGUAGGGAUCGGUAUGGCGACCCUGGGUUACUGGCCGCACAAUAAAGCCGCACCGACAGGAGGAGGAAACGAAGUGAAGGUGGGGAAGGGUGCGACCAACGCAAGCCAUGAUGUUCAAGACUCGCCUUCGAAGCAGGCGGGCGGCGCUCUGAUGCGGUUCCUGGAACAGCAUCUUCACUCUGAGAGGAUGAAGAUGCUCGGGCCCUUCACCAUGGGCAUUGGGAUUUUUAUCUUCAUCUGCGCUAAUGCAAUCCUUCAUGAAAACAGAGAUAGGGAGACUAAGAUAAUCCACAUGAGGGACAUGUACUCCACGGUCAUCGACAUCCAUCGCCUCCGGCAGAGGGAGCAGAAGCAGUACCAUCACCGCAGCAGCGACGUGGCCGAUCUUCGAGGUUUUGGGGCUGACGCAGCGGCGCGCCUGGCCAGCAACUCCCUCCUGGGCUUCUCGUCUCGUUCCGGAAGCAGAGUCGGGUCCACGGAGGAGGAGGAGGUGCUGCUUGGGGAUGAGGAGGUCCAUAGACACAGAGAGAGGUUGGAUUGUAGCUUUGCGGGACUGCUGGCGCCCUUUUACGGUGCCGGGCUUGGGCUGUCACAGUGCGACUCAGUGCGACACCAGUGGUCAGUGGACGGAGAUGGGGAGAAGGGAGGACACCAUGCGGGGUCUAUUGUCUCCUCCUCCAUCUCUGCCUUUACUCUCCCUGUUAUUAAGCUAAACAACUGCGUAAUUGAUGAACCAGAAAUGGAGGCGAUUACCGAAGAGGACAGAGGAGGUGAGAGGAGGGAGGGUGAGAGGCCAGCGCCUCUGAGCUCCAUGGAGUCUCUGGUGGUGCCAGUAGCAUCCGUCGCCAAGGCCUCCAAGCCACCGGGCCUGCAACGCAGCAACUCUGCGUCCUCCUCCUCCCGCUGCUCUCCCUUCUCCUCGUGCAGCCUCUCCCCGGCCCCCUCCUCUACCUCAGGCUGCUGGCUCUCGCCGGGAGCGGCGAGGAGCGACUUCGGCUCCAACUCCUCUCUGCACAUGCUGAACAGCCACAGCCACUCCAAAUCCCUGGACCUGGAGCGCGGGCCCAGCAUGCUGAGCGUGCGCUCGGAGCAGCGGAAGCACCCCAGCUGGCCGCGGCUCGACCGCAGCAACAGCAGCCGCAGCCACGGCGGGACCAGAGGCAGCAGCGGCAGCAGCAAGGGAUACACGCGCCUGGAGGACAGGGAGGACAGGGAGGAGCGGCCCUCGGAUGCGCCGGCGUCCCCGACAGACAGGCGCGAUUACAGCAAGCGAGAGAAGCUGCUCAUGAUAUCCAGGUCGCAUAAUAAUCUGAGCUUCGAGCAGGAGGAGUUUAACAGCAGCACGCUGAAGAGAGGAAGCUCAGAAACACGAUUCUGAGCGAAGUAAGAGGCAACACCAGCUCUCUCCUGGUCUGCAAAAUUGUUCUUCAUGCUGUCUUAGUUGACGACCUUGAGACUAAGUUGUGCUUUUAAGACAAGGUUGUUGUUUUCUUUUAACAACGAGCAAUAGCACCAGUAAAGUAAGAUUAGAACCUGCACAGCAAACAGGUUUGCACUUAAAUGGCUGUCUGACCCCACAGGCCAACUUCACGGCAGUAGAGGUGCUGUUUUACAGCUGGAGCUCCCUGCAGGGAUCAAUGCAACGACUUCCAGAUUACAUGAAUAUGCUCUGCAGUUUAACAAACUGGACCAGGCUUCAGACAGCGAUGUUAACUCAAGACGGUGCCCUGCGAAUAAAUACAACAAAGAGGCCCUCAUUGCCCUGUGGCCAUGUAAUAUUGACCUUUCCCAGGAACUUCAGAACAAAGAUGGCUGCAAAUACCAACAGUUUGGUGUCUGUGGCUCUGCUGCGGGCAUUUUCAGCUAACUGCUGGGUUAGAUUUUACUCAGGAUUAGUCAGCUUUAUAUAUGGCCACAAACCCACUUAGAGUGCAGAAAAUCUCUUGUUUUAUCAGUAGCAAUUGUGUCACUGAUUGAAGAAUAUUUUCAGAAACAUUUUGCAAUAACUCCUAAAAGAAUCGGACAUCUUGUCCUGCCUUACUGUCCAAUUCCUAAAACCAAAUGUACACAUUCAUUCAAUAAUUUGGCUAUGGUUUAAUAAUCAUAUCUGAACCCAACCUCAUCUACGACGUAAAGAAAUACCAAAAUUGGAAAGGAAUAUUUUUUGCUGUAACUGCAUUUCCAGCUGUAUCUGGAAUGGAAAUGUCGGUCAGGACUCAAGAGAAAUGAUGUGGGACUGAAGUGUUUCUGGUCGCGUUUUCAUAAAUCACCAUUUUGAAGCAUUUUUACACACAUUUGUUUCCAAAGAUUGGCACAUGUAAAUAGUUUUUGUCCCAUCACAAGAUGCCGCCAGGCAUUUUCUUCCAUUAAACUGAAAAGAAACAGAACAUAGGGAUUUGUGAAGCAGCUGAAACUGUCCUUGAAUACAGAACGUAGAGCAAUGCAGCUACUUCUCCUGGUAAUGUUUUUAUUUAUUUCACCUUUGCUUAUUUAAUUCUUGUCAAUUACAAAGCAAGUGAACACAUAAUUAAGUUUAUUGGAAAACUAGAAUAUGAAUAUCCAAACACUGCGACAAACAAACAUCAACAACAGACACGGAAGAAGAGACGCAAUCAUGAGGAUGACUGAUAAUUAUCCAGCACACAUUCUCCAAAAAGACACAAAAAAAAUCACUACCAGGUGAGCUGGUAAUGAUGUGUCCAAAUCGGUAGAUGGAAAGUUGAGUGGAAGGAAAAAGGGUGGUUGAAAAGAGGAUUCAUAUGAUACAGGGGUUUCACUUCUUUUUGGACUGAAUUACUGAAAUAAAAUCAAUUCUCGAUGAUGUUCUAACUUAUCUUUUUUUGAAGUUCGGUUUGGGCUGCUAGAUAAAAGUCACGAGACACAUUGUGGCAGCCAUCUUUGUUGACGCCUCUGUAAACGUCUUUUAUAGUAGCAUUUUCCGCUACGUUUGAACCACCAAGGUCGUAUAGUAAAAUUGUUUUACAGUCGGAUGUGUGUUGAGAAUCUUUCUCAGACGAACUAGUUUCUAGUGGUCUGUGAGUCACUGUUCAAUUUUGUUGUUUUUUUGUUUCUCAGAAUAAAAUUUAUUUUCUC